AUGACUAACCAGACGCGUCACAGCCUCUUCGACGGGUCUCCUGCUCAAGACGAUUGGCCUCAAGAUAAGUCAUGCGAAUUGGUACGCGUCUGGCUCGUACUGACAUGGCUUUACGUCUCGUCUAUCAAGGUCGACCCUUACCUCAAUGUCGAUGCGGGGACUAUGAACCCCAAAGAGCAUGGCGAGGUCUUCGUGCUGUCCGACGGCGGCGAAGUCGAUCUCGACCUUGGUAACUACGAGCGCUACCUCAACAUCACCCUCACUCGCGACAACAACAUCACGACCGGCAAGAUCUACCAGCACGUCAUCGAACGCGAGCGCAAGGGCGACUAUCUCGGCAAGACGGUGCAGGUCGUGCCCCACAUCACAGACGCGAUCCAGGAAUGGAUACAAAAGGUCGCGCGGAUACCCGUUGAUGACACUGGCGAGGAGCCGGAUGUGUGCAUUAUCGAGCUGGGAGGAACAGUUGGCGAUAUCGAGAGCAUGCCGUUCAUCGAGGCCAUGAGCCAGUUGAGGCGGAGAGCUGGCAAGAACAACUUCAUGCAGAUCCAUGUCAGCUAUGUGCCUGUCAUUCAUGGAGAGCAGAAGACGAAGCCGACGCAGCAGGCGAUCAAGGCGGUGAGGAGUAAUGGUCUGAUUCCGGAUCUGGUAUGUCAAGACUUAAGGAGAGACGAAGAAAGAAAUGCUUCGGACCGCUGGCUGACCACAUUCAGAUCGCUUGUCGAUGUCGAUACCGAGCAAGUAGUAGUUGUCAGGGAUAUGCCUUCCAUCUACCAAGUCCCCAUGCUCCUCGAGCAACAGAGACUCAUUCCUAUGGUCCGCCAGUUCCUUGACCUCGAAGCCCUUCACAUCUCCCCAGCCAUGACGGACAAGGGCAACAAGAUCUGGGAACAAUGGCAAUCCCUCACCAGCCACGACACCCGAUACCACGACCCUGUCACGAUCGCACUGGUGGGCAAAUACGUCGAGCUGCAAGACUCGUAUCUGUCGGUGGUGAAGAGCUUGGAACACGCCACUAUGCGCUGCAGGAAGAAGCUCGAUAUCCGCUGGGUAGACUCGGACCACCUCGAGCCCAAGUGCCAAACCUCAGACCCUGCCAAAUACCACACCGCAUGGAACGAAGUCGUCAAGGCUUCUGGCAUUCUUGUCCCCGGCGGCUUCGGCCAACGCGCCACCGAAGGCAUGAUCGCAGCCUGUACCUGGGCGCGCGAGCACAAGAAGCCCUAUCUCGGCAUCUGCCUGGGCAUGCAAAUCGCCGUCAUCGAGUACGCACGCAACGUGUGCGGCAUCAAGGACGCAACAUCUGAAGAGUUCAAUGGCGACGCAGCCAACAAGCUCAUCAUGUUCAUGCCCGAAGUCGACAAGACCACCAUGGGCGCUUCAAUGCGUCUUGGUCUCCGCCCUACCCUCUUCCAAGAGGGAAGCGAGUGGUCCCGUCUCCGCGCGUUGUACGCCGGCAAGACCGAGAUCCUCGAGCGCCAUCGCCAUAGAUACGAAGUCAACCCGGACUACAUCGACACGCUCGAAAAGGGCGGGUUGACAUUCGUUGGCAAGGACGAGGCGGGCGUGCGAAUGGAGGUGGUGGAAAUUAAAGACCACCCCUGGUUCGUGGGCGUGCAGUUCCACCCCGAGUACCUGUCGCGCGUGCUGGAUCCCAGCCGGCCGUAUCUGGGCUUUGUGGCUGCUAGUGCGGGCAUGUUGGAGGAAAUCACCAAGGACUAUCAGCAUGGGGCGAAGAAUGGGAUUGGAGCUGAAGGCAUUGCGAAUGGGGUUGCGGGGUUGAAGGUUAACGGCGAGCCUGCGAGUUUUUAGGGGCGGACGACGGGCCUGGGUGAUGCAUAGAAAAAGAAAAGGACAUAUGGAUGGAAUCAGGAUGGAGUUUUGUGUGGCAUUUGAUAGAUUGGGCUUCGGCUUUGCUGGCAUGUGUAUAUGUCUUGUUACCUGCUAAAUAAAACGACUGAACGAUUG